GCUUAUAGAAAGUGCCGAGCAAUGACAAUCGAGGAUAUCGGCCUGGUGGGCAUCAACGUGCGGAUGUGGCGACACUUGGCCGUGCUGUACCCCACUCCGGGCUCCAGCUGGCGCAAGUUCGCCUUCGUGCUGCCGGUGACUGCGAUGAAUCUGAUGCAGUUCGUCUACCUGCUGCGGAUGUGGGGCGACCUGCCCGCCUUCAUUCUGAACAUGUUCUUCUUCUCGGCCAUUUUCAACGCCCUGAUGCGCACGUGGCUGGUCAUAAUCAAGCGGCGCCAGUUCGAGGAGUUUCUCGGCCAACUGGCCACUCUGUUCCAUUCGAUUCUCGACUCCACCGACGAGUGGGGGCGUGGCAUCCUGCGGAGGGCGGAACGGGAGGCUCGGAACCUGGCCAUCCUUAAUUUGAGUGCCUCCUUCCUGGACAUUGUCGGUGCUCUGGUAUCGCCGCUUUUCAGGGAGGAGAGAGCUCAUCCCUUCGGCUUAGCUCUACCAGGAGUGAGCAUGACCAGUUCACCCGUCUACGAGGUUAUCUACUUGGCCCAACUGCCUACGCCCCUGCUGCUGUCCAUGAUGUACAUGCCUUUCGUCAGCCUUUUUGCCGGCCUGGCCAUCUUUGGGAAGGCCAUGCUGCAGAUCCUGGUACACAGGCUGGGCCAGAUUGGCGGAGAAGAGCAGUCGGAGGAGGAGCGCUUCCAAAGGCUGGCCUCCUGCAUUGCGUACCACACGCAGGUGAUGCGCUAUGUGUGGCAGCUCAACAAACUGGUGGCCAACAUUGUGGCGGUGGAAGCAAUUAUUUUUGGCUCGAUAAUCUGCUCACUGCUCUUCUGUCUGAAUAUUAUAACCUCACCCACCCAGGUGAUCUCGAUAGUGAUGUACAUUCUGACCAUGCUGUACGUUCUCUUCACCUACUACAAUCGGGCCAAUGAAAUAUGCCUCGAGAACAACCGGGUGGCGGAGGCUGUUUACAAUGUGCCCUGGUACGAGGCAGGAACUCGGUUUCGCAAAACCCUCCUGAUCUUCUUGAUGCAAACACAACACCCGAUGGAGAUAAGAGUCGGCAACGUUUACCCCAUGACAUUGGCCAUGUUCCAGAGUCUGUUGAAUGCGUCCUACUCCUACUUUACCAUGCUGCGUGGCGUCACCGGCAAAUGAGCUGAAAGACCGAAAAAACCGGAGUAUCCCCUUCCAUAUUCCCCCUGCUCCUUUAUUUUCCUUUUCCUUUUCCCUUUCCCUUUUCCCAUUCGCUUUUCCAGCAAUCCGGGUAAUGCAAAAAGUUGUUGCUGGCUGUGGUCCUGGCUGCUUGUUUGGCAUUUGCAUAUGCUUGUCGUUUGAAAGGAUUUAAUCGGACUGCUGGCACGGAGUCGGCAUCCUGGCUCCUGGAUCCUGGCAUGCAAAUAGUUGGCUUCUUAGAUUGUUACACAAAAUAGAUUGUAGAUUGCAGCUGAAUGUUGUGCUUGGAAUAAAGUCAAAAGGAUGUGGAGUCGGCCCAAGGCUCUGCCCAUUCUGUUUGCUCGGGAUGCCCGAAAGUAUG